AUGGGAUCUUGCGUCUCUACGCAGAGCGCCUACGUCCUUGAUGCCGCUGCGUCAUUGGGCCCGGCCACGCCAGCGAUUGAGCCGUAUUUGCCCAAUGAGAUCCUGUCGACGAUCUUCACCUAUGUCGCCCAAAUAGAGCCUAUUCGCAGUAUACACGAUAUGUCGCCGUCCGAGGGCGAUGAUGACACAUACUACGGUCGCUUAGGCUGGACCCGCCUAUGUGGCGUCUGUCGCCACUGGCGCGACCUGCUGGUCGGCAUGUCCUCGCUGUGGGCAGGCAUUGUCUUUCAUCUCCCGCCAGAGCCCGCCUCACUGGCCCUCUCACGUGCCAAGGAAGCUGCUCUCAACAUCCGUGUGCCGUUCAUGUCGAUACCUCCUCAUCAAGGGCGCUUAGCUACGUGGAAAAAGAGACUCACGAGAUUCAAGAGCUCAGACCAGCCACCCACAGAUCGCGAGCGACUGCUCUCUUUGGCCGUCGAAAAUUCGUGCAGAAUGGGGCAGUUCUUCGCCGAGGACUUGACAGCACGGGACUUCAGAGCCAUAUUCAGCCAUACCUCCUUCGACCAAUUACGCGUCCUUGUCCUCAAGCGUAGCGUUGACUGGCUCUGGUUCAUCUAUGAAGAUCUUUCGCUCUCUAUUGUUGCGCCAAGGGUAGAACAAGCCCAUCUGCAUGUCUCAUUACCUAUCACACACGGUGAAGGCACAGGUCUCAAGCUCUCCCUACCAGCACUCCUUGACUUGGAACUUGCGACUUCGACGCCCAUCCCGUGGUCAAGGGACAUCGAUACGUUGCGAUGGGUUCCGGCCCUUAUCCGAGGCGCGCCCAAGUUGAAGAGCCUGGUGAUGGAUCUUCCCAGCGAACUUCCAGUGGAUUGGCAACGACUCUUUGGUGGAGAGCCUGUCCACCUAAGCGCGCUCCGUGCUACACGCUUAUCCGGCACAGUCAUGACCAACCUGGACCAAUUCUUCUCGCUCAUCGUCGCGCCUCAUCCUCCGCAUAUUAGCUUCACCGAGGAUUCUCUGAUGUCCAACUCUGAUAGUCUCCAAUUCAUGAGCAGAUACGGGAACGCCAUCGCACAAUCGCUAUCUGUGCAUCCACUGGAUUCGAUCAUCGUGUCGCGCGAGACCCGCGUGUUUGACGAUAUGUUCGAUCUGUGCGCAUUCUCGCACGACGAGCUUCCUGGCCCAUACCUCAUGUCUGCAAACUUCAUAUACAAUGCGUGUAUGCGCUCGCAUUACUGCGCUGCAUUCUCCGCGCGGAUGACCUUGGGAGUUGCCGCAGAUGCGCUUGGCCCUUUUGCGUCGUUUCACCCGGCGCCCAAUGCCAUCAAACAUCUCAUCCUCGACGAAUAUGUCACCGAUGAAUGGGCGGAGUUGUUGCAUCGGUAUCUCCACUCCUUUCUACGCAACGUGACCACCGUGCACUGCACGUACUUCUAUAACCCAUUGGCGCUUGAUGCGGGCCUGAGGCAAGGAACGACUCCUUGUACGACACUUCUCCGCAUGUUCAUGCAAUGCUCUGAGUCGGUCGAUGUGGAGCGUCCGCCGCCAGAGCAAACGGACGAGUCGUGUGCCGAUCGUCAACGAGCCACGACGUCAGCUAGUGAGCCUCACCACGACGUAGAAGUUAUUCCGCGCUCAGGUCAUUGCCUCCCCUUCCUGGAGACACUCGUUGUAUCGAUGGGUGCGCCAAAUCCUCCUGCUAAGGAGGGAAAGAGAAAGCGCCGCCGCCCAGACCUACAACCUGUUCUAAACGCUGUUCGCGUAUGGUGGGACGAACUCGUACAAGUGCUGUCUCAUCGUGACAGCAUCGGUCUACGUUUGAAAACGUUGCGCAUCAUCGGCGGAUGGGCGUCAGAGGAGGUUCACCGAGCGACUGCAGAGGUGGAUGCGAAGAUGUUCGCACAGGCAGCCGAGCUUGUGGACGAGAUAUUGGAUGAACGGAUUGUGCGGUUGGAGUUCACGUACGAUAGCUCGAGGGACUUUACUCAGACAUUCUCGUCGUCUAAACGAGCGGCUGUAAUACCGUACAAUGGCGCCUGGUGA